AUGGCAGCUUUCAUACUCCACCUGAAGUCCUGCCUUCCCUCUGCCAUAAGGAGCUUGAUUCUACCAAAAAAAGCAUACAUCAGAAACACAUCUGGCAUGGCUGGGGGGCUCCAACCAGCCAGUGUGGUGGUCCUGCCCAGAUCCCUGGCACUGGCCUUCAAAAGCUUCUGCCAGGCCAAUAGUGGUCCUCUGCCUCUGCUCAGCCAAAGUGAGCAAGACAAGUGGAUGCUGCCAGCCCUGGGCACUGCUCCAGAGGCCAGAACAGUCUGUCCCCAAUUCCGGAAAUAUGAGUUUGGUGUCUGCACAGGCGGCCUGACCUCACUGGAGGAUUACGCAGAGCAGCUGAAGGACAUGGUGACCUUUGUCUUGGACUGCAGCUUCUCACUAGAAAGAGCCUUGGGCAUAGUGGGGCUCUCCAGAAGAAACCCAGCAGGUCUCAGCCAUGCUGGAGCAUACAAGACAACAGUGCCUUGUGCCACUGUGGCUGAGUUCUGCUGCCCUCUGGUGGUCACAAUGAGGCCCAUUCCCAAGGACAAGCUGGAAAGGCUGUUACAGGUCACUUGCUCCAUGGCAGGUGAGCAAGGACAACCCAUCCACAUUGGCGACCCAGAAUUGUUGGGAAUCAAAGCACUUUCCAAACCUGACUAUGGAAAUUGCGUGGAGUGUCAGCCAGAGGACGUCCCAGUGUUCUGGCCUUCUCAACUGACCGGUCUUGAAGCUGUCAUCAGCUGCAAGGCUGCACUGGCUUUCACCAGCAUGCCAGGUUGCACGGUUAUGACCCACCUGAAGGAUUCAAAGACUCCAGCUAGUUGUCUCACCCCUAAGACAGUUCCAGAGGUCCACCACAUCAGCCAAGACCCUUUGCACUACAGCAUUGUGUCAGCUGCAGCUGUGCAGAAGAUCAGAAAACUAGAAGAAACAAUUGCCAUAGACCCAGGCAACCGAGGGAUCGGGCACCUGCUGUGUAAAGAUGAGCUACUGAAGGCCUCUCUGUCACUGUCCCAUGCCCACUCAGUGCUGGUCACUACUGGGCUCCCUACACAUUUCAAUCACAAGCCUCCAGAAGAAACAGAUGGCCCACCAGGAGCCAUUGCUCUGGGUGCUUUCCUGCAGGCCUUGGGGAAGAACGUCUCCAUGGUGGUUGACCAGAGAGCCUUGAGUUUGCACACGAAGCUUGUUGAAGACGCUGUCAAGCAAGGUGUCCUGAAAUCACAAAUCCCAAUAUUAACUUACCAAGGUGGAUCAGUGAAAGAUGCUCAGGCAUUUCUGUGCAAAGAUGGAGACCCCAAGUCACCUAGAUUUGACCACCUGGUGGCCAUCGAGCGUGCUGGAAGGGCUGCCGAUGGCAAUUACUACAAUGCAAGGAAGGUGAACAUCAAGCAUUUAGUAGACCCCAUUGACGAUCUUUUCCUUGCAGCACAGAAGAUUCCUGGAAUCUCAUCAACUGGGGUUGGUGAUGGAGGCAAUGAGCUUGGGAUGGGCAAAGUCAAGAAGGCCAUUAAGAGACACAUACGAAACGGGGAUGUCAUUGCCUGCGAUGUGGAGGCUGACUUUGCUGUAAUUGCUGGUGUUUCUAACUGGGGAGGCUACGCCUUGGCCUGUGCACUAUACAUCCUGAACUCAUGUGAGGUCCAUGGCCGCUAUCUGAGGAAGGCAAUUGGGCCCUCCAGAGCUCUUGGAGAACAGAACUGGACUCAGGCCCUGCCAUCCAUCACUAAGGAAGAAAAAAUGUUGGGUAUCUUGGUACAACACAAAGUCCGGAGUGGAGUCUCAGGCAUCGUGGGCAUGGAGGUGGAUGGGAUGCCCUUCCACGGUGUCCACACCAAGAUGAUCCAGAAGCUGCUGGACAUCAGCACAGAACAUGUGUGA